CGCCAUUGAAGCCUCACGGUGCUGUGCCGCCGACGGUGUCGCGUUGUGACCUCUACGAAGUCGUAGGAGGGACGCCAGAGAACCCGGGAACUUAGAAAUGAGAUGUACUUUUUGUCCUGUGUGGUGUCAGGAAGGGUGAAAUCCCUUCCCCAUGUGGAGGAGCUGAGACACCCUCUUUGGGGAUUGGUUUUGUAGCCAGGAGACACCCCUCUACCAGGUGGGAUGGGAGUGAGAACAGUGCACUGUGUGAAGAUCUGGGCCUGUGAUGAGGACUCAGUGGCAGUUGAGGAUGUAGCUGUGAACUUCACCCCAGAGGAGUGGGCCUUACUGGAUCCUUCACAGAAGAGACUCUACAAAGAUGUGAUGAGGGAAACCUUCAGGAACCUGGCCUCUAUAGGGAAAACAUGGAAAGAUCGUGAUAUUGAAGAUCAGUACAAAAGCCUGGAGAGAAAACAGAGUGAUCAUAUAGCAAGGAGACUCUGUGAAAGUUUAGAGCACAGUCAACAUGGAGAUAAAUUCAGCCUUACUCCAAAUCUGAGUCUGAACAACAAAACUACGGGAGCUAAACCAUGUGAAAGCAGCUCAUGUGGAAAAGUCUUCCUGCAUCAUUCAUCUCUUAAAACACACAUUCGAUGUCACACUGAACACAAGCUAUAUGGCUGUCAAAAGUAUGGAGAGAAGCCAUAUAAAUGUAAGGAAUGUGGGAAAACCUUCCCUUUUCCCAGUGGUCUUCAAAGACAUGAAAGAACUCAUACUGGAGAGAAACCUUAUGAAUGUAAAAAAUGCAGUAAAGCAUUCGCUACUUCCAGUGCUCUUCAAAGACAUGAAAGAAUUCAUACUGGAGAGAAACCCUAUGAAUGUAAAAAAUGCAGUUCAAGAUUCACUUCUUCCAGUUCUCUUCGAAGACAUGAAAGAACUCAUACUGGAGAGAAACCCUAUGAAUGUAAAAAAUGCAGUAAAGCAUUCAGUAGACUCAGUUCUCUUCAAAGACAUGAAGGAACUCAUACUGGAGAGAAACUCUAUGAAUGUAAAAAAGACAGUAAAGCAUUCACUUUUCUCAGAUAUCUUCAAUUACAUGAAGUUAUUCAUGCUGGAAAGAAACCCUAUGAAUGUAAAAAAUGCAGAAGGAGGUUUAUGAUAUUUUUCUUUUCAGCAGGAUGAGACUUGGCCUUGCAGUGACUGCAGGCAGCUCCUGAUCUGGGACAGCUUUUGCUUUUCUUGCUUAUUAUCAAAAGACUGAUGUAUUUCCUGUGGUGUAUUAUACAUUGUUGACCAUGAA